GACUAGGCUUGCUCAAAAUAAUAUGUUUUAUGUACUUUGCUCUAAAUUAAUUAAAUAUUCUUAUGCUUUACGGCAACUAUAAUACAUCUAGCUAACGAAGUGGUUAUUAUAAAUUAAGUGAAAUCUUAUUUAAACAAAACUAUUUAUUUACACGCAUUUGUUAAAAACUCUAUGUAAAAAAAUAUGUAUAUAAAAUCAAACGACUUCAUAAGUACAUAAGGUACUGGGCAAAUAUAAAAAAACUGAUGUUCGCAGAUUGAGACAGUAAUGUAUUUUAGCUCAUAUCUCGCGUUUACGUAGAUAUCAGGCUAAAAUAUUCGUUUUACCUUUGAAUAUGAUAAAUUUAAAGUUCAAAACUGGGUGACAGCGAAUAUACGAGUAACCCUCGCGAAAUUAAAUGCCGCGUUCAAUAGAUUUUGUUCCUUUGACGACAACUUAUAUAUCAACAUACAUGUACUUUGUGUAUGUACAAUACAUAUGGGUAUGUAUUGAAAACAUAUAUAAGUAAUAUACAAUAUGUCUGUGUCGGCACAGUAGUGCUGAUAUGACGAUAAUUUCUCAAACAGUACUGAUAAUACACAAAUAACUUACAUAUUUGAUCUCUGGUCAAUAAUCGAGUAUCAAAUGGCUGAAAGAUAUAACAUAAUGUACAGCUACAGUAAAAAUUAUAACAAUAAUAUUACCAACAAAUUGAUAUAAAAAGGGAGGCAACAUUUAAUAUUGUUAUCGAACUUAACAAGUUUUGAGUUGGAAGAAUCGUGCAUUUAUUGACGAUGGUGUCAACUGCACAACAGAAAACAUGGAUAUCAAAAAGGAUAUAGCGACAUCGCAAGCAAGUGAUACUGCAUUGCGUCGUCCGAUUCAAAUUGUGAAAAAACGCUCUGGUCCGCUAGAUGAUGCACUAAAUGAGUUAUAUCAGGAGUUGAGUGAUGCACCAGCUAUGAUUGACCCGACAGCGCCGACGGCAUCACAAGUGGCUUUUACAGUUUGGCAAUCAUCUUCAAAAGAUAUUAGUUUGAAAUUACCUUCAUUUACAGUGACCGCAGCAUCACCACAACCAACACGCCGACGUCCGUCAAUCAAAGAGAAAGAGAAAAAACGGGACCGUUGGCUACUCACACGUAAAACUUGGAAAUAUAUGACUGAUGCUGGACGUAAGCUUAUACCGGAAGGAGCGCAAAACUGUAAAGAAGAUAUAUUCAAGAUUGAAGCAAAUUUUCAACAGAUUUGCGCCAACGAACCCCGUUUUAUAUUGUGGCGUCGGAAAUCUUCUUAUCCAGGAGCUGUGCGUAAUUCAAAACAACGUUUGAAACAUUUAUUGCAGCAUACCGGGCAAAAGGGACCAACUACGAUAGAAGCAAUAGAGCAGGAAGAAGCACACAAUGCUGAUCAAGUUAUUGGUCUUUUGCAGUCUUUUUUAAAGCUUGACGAAGUGUGCAAAACUACGGCACUACUCAGCUCGAAAACAGUGCGGCCAGAUCAAACAGCUUCGCCAAGUGCUCGCCGUCCUGAUAGUAUCCGGAAGUCAGCGACUAACAGCGGCAAUAUGACUUCACGUGGCCUUAAUUUUUUUGCACAACAACUUCCUAAAGAUUUACAGCAACUAAAUGAAAUCGAUCAACUGCUCGAACGAUUACGAAGAAUUUCUCGUAGUGCGAGAGUAAAUGAAUUCACAAUACCACCAAAGGAUAUUACUCCAGCUAUUCUUCAGGAUAAGGUUUUACUUAAACAAAUAUAUAAUUCUCUUAAAAAACAACAGUUGCAUCGUAUUUUGAGUACACAUUCCACACCGUCAUUAAAGGGUAUACGACCAAAUAUACGGCAUUUUUCAUCAAUGUCUAGUUUACAGAAUUUUAGUGCUGGUGUUAAUAGUGUUGUUAAGUUUGGAGGUAGUACCAAAGAUCAGGAUUUGUAUUUAGGACCCUACAGUCAAGAAGCCACCAUCCAGUUGAGGAAUACCGCUAUAAAAACAACGGUACCAUCAGCAACAACAACUGGAGCAGUACCAAAAAAACAACUGAAAAUUAUCCCAAAAGACGCCAGUGCCAAUCCUAUGCCUCCCACGCCAGCACCUCGCCAACGUAAGCCGCCAAAUACACUCAAUCUACCACCCUUAAACAAAAAUAGCACAUAUAACGUACCUUUAAGCCAUGUGAAACACCCUCAGGCUGUGAAAUAUUUUAAUUCUUGUGGAACUCAAACUAACUUUGUCCCAUUGCAAGAAAUUAAACGCUUAGCAGAAGAAUAUAAGGAUCUCAAACGGGAAGAGGCUUCAUUGAAAGCUUCGUUAAGUUACACCCUUGGUACCACCGAUGAUGAGACGGAGAAAGGCGCCAGUUCUACAGCAGCGACAGGCCCCCAACACCAUCGUCGUCGCAAGAGUUCAAUAGAUAAUGAAGAUGUUUCACAAUCAGUAAGUGAUACGAUUAAGCGAUAUUUGCGUAUGGCCCGAAAGAAGAGCGUCAAUGAUGAUAACGCUAAUAGAUUUAAGCGUGUUAAUUACGAUCGUAAUUUACGCAAUAUAAAAGCAAAGGGCGAAAUUAAUCCACCUGGUAUGGAUGAAGACAAUUCAAAAGCAGUACAAACAUUGGAUGCAUGGCCCGUGAUUUGUUUAAACUUUAUACGUGGAAAGGAAACAUUUAGUAUCUUAGAGGCAGCUCAUGCCGAAUGGCAGAGGGCACUAGAAGAACGUAUUCAAAAAAAGCUGGAAUAUCACCAAAAAAUCCGUGAUUUAAAAAAUGCCACAUUAGCACCAGCUUUGUCGAGUUGUGGUUCCUCAUCUGCACCAACGUCGCCAACAUCUCCUGAAAAUUUCAGUGGAGCAAGUCACAAUUUUGGGGCCCGUCAAGCAAACCACGGAAUUGGAAAUAGCAUGGGAAGCCUUCGACACGCUGGAUCACAGUUUUUAUCGAAUCUAUGGCACGGAACUAGUAGUAGCGUAACAGCAACUCCUGAAGAUGAGGAGACUGGCAACAGUAGUGCUGAAAGAAAUGUUCCAAAUCAUUAUAACAGCUUUUUAAAAUUUCAUCGAAGUUCAAAACAUGAUCACAGUUCAACAACGAAUGACCCUGCUGUGAAGGAUGCAAGUUUGAGCACAGCAAUGCAAAAGUCAAAAUCAUCUUCCAAUGUCGGACAGUUUGUCACGCGUAAAAUACUUAAAAGCCGUUCGAAAAGUCAGUCACGACCGAACACUAAAGCACCAGUUUCAAAAUGGGCGCCAGCGGAAAAAUACAGUUGGACUUCAGAGAACGGUGAUCGUAUUAUAAUCCAAGAUUCAUGCUUGCAAAAUCUGACGGACAUUGAAGCGGAAAUUUUACAACGAGUUGCGAUUGAAAAGAUAAGCGAACUUAAUAUUGGAGUUAAUGUCUUAUUAAAUCAUGAUAGUAAGCCACAGAAGCGAAGGGUUCUGGCCAAGAAGAAAGCGAUGACUACUAGUUUCUUUGAUAUUAGUAAAAAAGAGGACCAAAAACAUGUUGGACACGGUUUAUUUGGCAACUCCUUGGAAUGUUGUGUAAUCAAUGAUAAGAAACAGAGAAGCAACUUGAAGACAUCGUCCGAUCGUGGUUCGCGCAACUCAAUAACAGCACUAUUUCGUGGUGGUAGUGCGAAUGAGGCCGCAAAUAAGCUGCAUGAAAAUGUGCGAUCUUAUGAAAGCUUGCCCUCGAGUACAUUUUCUUUGGUAACAUCGCUUAGUAGGGAUAAUAACUCUAACAGUAGCCGACCGAACAGUGUUAAAUCGAGCAGCGGUUAUUUUGAUAGCUUGUCAAAUUCUACAUCAAUGCAGAAGCAGAUUUCACGCAGUCAAUCUGAUGUAAGGCGUCACAGUCAAGAGUUAGACCUGCAGGAUCCGUCUUAUUUUAAAGAGCAGAGUGAAAUAGCCAAUCAAAAUGCUUUGCAAGUACCUACUUUCAUAAUAUCUUGCAUAAAAUAUUUGGAAGAGCACGGAUUACACAUGGUUGGACUGUUUCGUGUGAGCACAUCGAAGAAGCGAGUUAAACAGAUGCGUGAGGACUUUGACAAGAAUGCUGUCACUGAUAUUCGAGAGCAAACUUGCCCGCACGAUGUUGCAACGUUACUAAAGGAAUUCCUGAGGGAUCUCCCAGAGCCUUUAUUGUGCAGCGGUCUGUAUAAAGCAUUUUUAGAAACUCAAAGAAUACGUAACCGCCGCUUACAGUUAGAAGCAAUAUCACAUUUAGUCAAACUGCUUCCAGUGGCUCAUCGCGAUACCCUCUAUGUCCUAUUUAAGUUUUUAGCAAGAGUUGCGUCCUGCUCUGACGACGUUAUUGGCCACGAGGGUAAUGUACAAGUCUGCGGUAACAAAAUGGAUAGCAACAAUCUAGCAACUGUUUUUGCGCCUAACAUUCUGCGUACAAAUUUAUCAAACACCUGUUCAUCAGAUGUAGUACCAUGUGGAAACAGCAUUGAGCAGGAGUCGAUGAAUGAUGCUAUAAAUGUAGUAAGAAUUAUGAUUGAUCACUAUGAAGAAAUAUUCAAGGUACCGGCCGAUUUAAUUGACAUUGUUUACUCCCAUAUGUUGGACGUAUGUCCGGAGAAGCUUUAUAGUAUAUGCGAACACCGCAUCCAGAAUUUAAGGGAUGAUAUAGGCAAUUCUAGUUCUUCAUUAAACAAUAGUGAGCAAAGCUUAUCACCAAUGACCACAUCUUCUGCUUCCAAUAUAUCUUCCUCUAUUAUUGGCAGCGUGGUAGGUGUUAGUCCUUAUACUUUGUCAUCCUCGAAUAAAAUUGCGAAGAUUCUGUACACACGUGAGUCUGUCAUGCACGAUAAUGAUGCAUGUCGUUUGACAGAAGCAGCAAUAAAUGGCUCGAAUGAUGGAAAACGGAACUCGAAUAUGCAAUCAAAUCGUCAUUCUAUGACACAAAAGUUACGUCAUGAUUGUCGUAAGGGUAAUACUACCAACUCUGACAUGGUGGAGCGACGACAAUCUUCCCCAAAUAUAUUAGAUAAAUCAGGUAUUGUCUCAGCAACCUUACAAAUUCAAGUACCUGUUGCCCAGGCGGUUCAUUUAAAGUUAACAGACACCACACCGCAAAAAAAAACAAAAUCAAUACCGAACGAACAAACAGCAUAUGAUUUGGAUGAGGUCUUCUAUAAAAGCGGCCCUUCUUCUGGUGGAUCGAAAACUAUGUCCUCGCAUUCAGUGGACCAUUUCGAUUAUAAAGAUAUUUCGUCUUUUAUAAAUGCAACAAAUAACCAUGAAAUGAAAAAUUUACGUCACUAUAUUCCAAUCGCCGGAUCAUUGUCCAUUUCAACCAAAAUUGAAAGAUCUGAAAACGAUUAUCGGCAUGUUCAGAUAGUACAAGAACAGAAACACGAGCAAACUCAUAAUAAUCGUCCAAACUGUUUACGACUACAGUCUACAACACAACCAUUACCUGCAGCUUCGUAUCUAUACACCUCUGUCGAACCGCGAGCGUCAUCCACACAAUCUAUCGGUGAUAGUAAGUAUCCGUCAACAUAUGAUUCAUUCAUUAGGAAGAACACAGAAAACCAUGAACCUAAAUCACCAGCGAGCAUUUCCAAUAUUGGUGGCGCGAUACUGCGGUCGAAAACCGCUGAUUUUGAGAAAAUGUCCACAAAUAAACAAUAUCAACAAAAGCACCUACAAUCGCAGAAAAUGCAACGAUCGUCUAUACAAGAUACAACAAUGUCUUCAAAAGCAACAAUCAACGCAUAUCUUUAUAAACGGCAGGAACUAAUACAGAGUGCUAAAAAUGGCAGCGGAAAAAAAUAGGCAUAGUAGUGCUUAGGAAUUUAAAAUAUUAAAAUCUGUUGCAAGGCAUACAUUGGGAGAAUUGCGUACGCUAUUGUUAAAUACUCUCCGAUUAGAAUGUUUCUCAACGACCGUGAAGAAAUUAGACUACUCAGGAAAUAGAGUGUUAAGAUCCAAAAAUAGUAAUGAAAACCAUAGUAACCUCCGAAAUGUAAAGACUUUCUUAUUCCUUUCCCUUUAAGAGAUUUUAUGUUAUACUAGAACCAAUAAAUACCAAAGGUCGCCUCAAACUUUUGCUUGCAUUAGUCUUAAAAGUUGAAUAAUACCUAUGCUAUUAUAAUUGUAAUUUUUUUUUUGCAUUCGGAGUAGUUACCUUUGUUUUGUACGUCAUAUCGUCUGCGGUAAAUAUAUAUUGGUUCUUAACACAUGUACUAACAUAAUAUUUUAAGAUAAACCAUUACGUUAAAGCAUUUACAUAUAUUAUAUGUAUGUAUUUUAGCAACUAUCAGAUGCCAUUGCAGAUGUUAAAACACGGCUUCAUUCUACACAAUUCGACCAGGUUACUACUAAACAUAUGCGGCACUAACUUUGCCAUAUCAGGAUAGUGGAUUUUCUUGUCUUAUUAACAAUAUAAUUUUAUAUACAAACGAAUAUAUAUCUUUGUCACAUAAAGUGUAAUUUAAAGUCUUUUUUAAUCACAAGACGCUGCUACAUAAUAUUUAAACUUUGAUUGUACGUAACCUAUGUUGUAUGUUUAGAUAAGUAAAACUAAAUAUAGAUAAAGUAAAAUUCAUUUGAGAUUAUUUUUUAUUAAAAUAUCUUCCUUUUUGGCUAGUUUGUUGUACACAUGCACAACUCACUCGAAAAGUUCAUAUCAAAAUAAGACUAUCAAGUAAGAAA